GUCUGUUCCACAAAUCACAUUCCAAGAAGCAGAGAGAAGUGACAGACUCUCUUCCUCCUGUGUCCGUCGGUUUGUGUCUGUUUUCUUCGCUAGAAACGCCUCCUUGUGACGUCUUGAGGCGAUGGGGUUCUUCGAUACCCUGGCGAGAUGGCUGGGGAUGAAGAAGAAGGAAGUGAACGUUAUCUGUGUGGGGCUAGACAACAGCGGCAAGACGACCAUCAUCAACCAGCUCAAACCUCAGAACGCCCAGCAGAGUGACAUAGUUCCCACCAUCGGUUUUACAGUGGAGAAAUUUGCAUCAGCAAGCUUAUCCUUUACAGUGUUUGACAUGUCAGGCCAGGGCAGAUACAGAAAUCUGUGGGAACACUAUUACAAGGAUGCCCAGGCCAUCAUAUUUGUGAUUGACAGCAGCGACAAGCUGAGAAUGGUGGUAGCAAAAGAUGAGCUGGAACAACUUCUCAACAACCAAGACAUCCUGAGCAAACGGAUCCCGAUCCUGUUCUACGCCAACAAGAUGGACAUGAAGGAGUCUUUAUCAGCUGUUAAGGUUUCUCAGAUGAUGGGACUUGAAACUAUAAAGGACAAGCCAUGGCACAUAUGUGCCAGUAAUGCAAUAACAGGGGAGGGCCUUCCAGAGGGAGUGGAGUGGGUCACAGAUCAAAUCCGAUCCAUGAAGAAAUAGCAGCCUCUUUAGGAGUCCAGAGGCGAGAAUGAGGGAUGAAUGUGUCAAAUUGCAAUACAUGUAAAAUACUUCAAUGUACACUAAAAUUGCACUAUGUAACAUGUUUCUUGCUGCACCAGUUUUUGUAGGUAAGACUGUGUCAACAGACUAUACUUAUUUGUAAACAGAUAAAGCUUUGCUAGGAUAUGUG